GGGGCCCUGGCCAGGCAGCAAGGCCGGAGCCCAGUGAAGUUCCACUGGGACACUGAGAGCAGCAGGCAUUCCUCCCCAGGAGGUGGGCCCUGGGGGGGUGGCUGUGGCUCGGUUUCGGGUGCGGAGCCAUCUUGGGCUGGCUAGGGAGUCAUGCUGGUGCACAGGGUGGCAGGGGCUCCUCCCACCACUGGCUCUGGGCAGGGUGUGGGCAGAGGGCAGACUCUGAGAGGGGCCACGUUCCUGCCAUCUACCCGACAACAAACCUUCUAGAAAGUUCUUUCCUGAAGCAGGCCUCUGACAGUCUCAAGGUAACAUCAGGCUGCAGAAACCCCUGGGAGGUGCCUGAGGCCUGGGUCUGGGGGUGCAGGCCACCUGUCUCCUCCUCGGGACCCAUGAGGAAGGGCAGGAGCAAGGCGAGCCUCACGAAACACUGACCCACAAAGGGACUUGGCUGAGGACAGAGCCCCAGAUACUGCCUCAACCCGUGAGGGGCUGGGGUGCUCCUGGAAGAUCAGGGUUGCCAAGAGGUGGCUCCUGGAAAACAGUUGCCUGGAGAUGGUUGCCAUGUCACCACUGUUGUUCCCUGGCAGAGGCUCCCACGACCUUGCUGGGCAGGUUUUAAAAGCAUCUUCUGUCCAUCACUCCAGGGAGUGGUUUCCUGUUGGUCUUUGUGUCUGAUCAGUGGUCUUGCAGGCCCACAAAGCCAAACGGACGGGACCAGCCUGGGAGGACUCACCUGGCAGAGAGGAUGCAGAGAUGGCCUCGCCCCCACAGGGUGCCAGACCCCUUGGCCACCAGGCAGACAGGAGCCAGCCACAGGCAGAGGGGCCUCGAAGGUGCCCUUCCCUUGGCAGGCAGGGCCUGACCAGACGCCCCACCCAAGGUCCAAGACCUCGGGCCACCAGGAGGUCCCGCAGGGGGACUAGGGUGGCACCUCCCCAGCGGGGUCCUUGGCCUGGUACCCCUAUGCCAGUGGCCCGCAGCCACACCCGUUUCUUCCGCCGCUGGGGACCACCCACUCGGAUCCAAGUCAGCUCUAAGAGGAGCAAGCGGUCCCGGCUGCUGCGGUGCCGGGCCUGGGCGCCAGGCUGGGCUCAUGAGAGACCCAUGGGGAGCUGCCGAGAGGAGAGGCUCCCGUGCCAGCCAGGCCUCCCGGACCAAGAUGCAGGUGGGGGCUGUGGGCAGGGGGUGGGCUCGGGCAGGCCAGGCCCCGGGCUUCUGACCACCCGCCUGCCCGCAGACCUCCUGGACACAGAGGAUGUGGCCAGGUCCCCAGCUGCCUUCCUGGAGGGGCUCCUGCUGGAGGGGCCAAAGCAGCCGCUCGGCACCGGGCAGGGUCCCUUCUUCUACAUCGGGGGCUCCAACGGGGCCUCCAUAAUUAGCUCCUACUGCAAGAGCAAGGGCUGGCAGCGCACCCAUGACAGCCACCGGGAGGACUACAGGCUGAAAUGGUGCGAGGUCAAAUGCCGCGACAGCUACUGCAGCUUCCGGGAAGGCGAGCAGCUGCUAUACCAGCUGCCCAACAACAAGCUCCUCACCACCAAGAUCGGGCUGCUCCGGGCCCUGCGGGAGUACUCACGGGCCUCCAACAAGGCCAGCACACUAGCCAGAUUUGGAAAAGACACAGCACCCACCCUUGAGGAGCUGACAUGGACCAGCCCAGGACGCCUCAGACCGCAGAGGGUCCUGAAAAUGGAAGAGUUUUUCCCAGAAACUUAUCGUCUGGACGUCAGGGACGAGAGAGAGGCCUUCUUCACCCUGUUUGAUGAAACCCAGAUAUGGAUCUGCAAGCCCACAGCCUCCAAUCAGGGCAAAGGCAUCUUUCUGCUCAGGAACCAGGAGGAAGUUGCCGCUCUGCAGGCCAAAACCCAGAGCAUGGAGGAUGACCCCAUCUACUGCAAGAUGCCAUUCCGGACGCCUCAAGCUCGGGUGGUGCAGAGGUACAUCCAGAACCCACUGCUGCUGGGCGGGAAGAAGUUCGACGUGCGCUCCUACCUGGUCAUCGCCUGUGCCAUGCCCUUUAUGGUCUUCUUUGGCCAUGGCUAUGCCCGCCUCACCCUUAACCUCUACGAUCCUAAUUCCAACGACCUCAGUGGCCACUUGACCAACCAGUUCAUGCAGAAGAAGAGCCCCCUGUAUGUGCUGCUCAAAGAGGACACAGUGUGGAGCAUGGACCACCUCAACCGCUACAUCAAUGACCACUUCAGGAAGGCCAAGGGCCUCCCCAGAGACUGGGUCUUCACCACCUUCACGAAGCGGAUGCAACAGAUCAUGGCCCACUGCUUCCUGGCAGUCAAAUCCAAGCUGGAGUGCAAGCUAGGCUACUUCGACCUCAUUGGCUGUGACUUCCUGAUUGAUGAGAACUUCAAGGUGUGGCUGCUGGAGAUGAACUCCAACCCUGCUCUGCAUACUAACUGUGAAGUCCUCAAGGAGGUGGUCCCCGGUGUGGUCAUGGAGACCCUGGACCUGGCGCUGGAGACUUUUCAGAAGAGCUUGCGCAGCCAGAAGAUGCUGCCCCUGCUGUCGCAGCGCCGCUUCGUGCUCCUCCACAACGGCGAGGGAGACCUGUGGCCGCGCAUGGGUGCCCUGCGCGGCUGGCCCCGCCCGCAGCCGCCGCUCUGGCCGGCGUGCGAGGCCGCAUCCGCCGAGCAGCCCCCGCCCGCCCCCCGCGCCGCAGACCGGCUGGGCGCGCGCAGGCCCGCGCUGCUCCGGGGCCUGAGCGGCGCGCCCGGCCGGCCCCACUCGGCUGCGCAGCGCCCCCAGCCGUCCGACCCCGACCCCAGCGGGGAGCCCGAGGCCCCGGGCGCUGAGCGGCAGCGAGCGGGCGGCGGGCACGCGGGGCGGGAGCCGUCGCCGGGGACAGCCGAGGAGGAGCGCAAGAGCGCGAGCCACCGGGGCUCCUAGCGUGCGGGCCGCGAGCGCCCCGGCGAACCGCCGAGUCCUCUGGGCCAUAUAAAGGCUACUUUGAUACAAACUCGGCCUCUGCAGCGGGUCAGGCGGGCCCCGCCGCCCCGGGCCCUCCUCCCUCGAGCCCGCACCCACACGGACCCAGCGAUGCUCCACGCCAGGCUGGAGGGGGGGGGUGUCCACACCCUUCCACCCACGCCCUUCCCUCAGUCCCAACAGACCCCUCGUCCCCAUUCCUGGGACCUGUCCUUAGGGAGUACUAGGGGAGCCUGUCCUGCAGGGAGGGGGAGCGCCCCCCUACCAGGUCCUGGGCUCCCACCCAUUGCCUGUGCCCCCCAUGGCCCUGUACCCUCCUGUGACCACCACCACCACCACCCUGACCACCACAGCCUGGUCUCCCCAGGAAAAGCUCUGAGCCCCCUCUGACCUCCAGAGAAGAGUGCCCCUCGGGCCAGGACUGCUCCCUAUCCCACCACCAGGGCUCGUCCACCCUGCCUGCACAGCGCCUUUCUCUCCUGGCCUCAAAGCACCGGCUGAGUGGUCCACAGCCUCACCGUUCCCCCUUGUUCCUGUAGAGGCCCCAGGACUCGGCUGUGGGCAACAAAGAACAACAGAGGACAUGCACUGGCCAGUCAGUUCCUACGUGGAAUCCAGCAUUCUGACAGCUCAGGGCUUCCGAGGUGCCCCAACUGCCCCCACCAACAGGUGGCCCAAACCGAGGUCUCCUUGCUGCCCCGCCCCCUCAGCCACCUCCCCUACCCAAAACUGGAGCACAGAGGCCUCGCUCACUGGCUGCCAGCAAGGCCUUGGUAUCCCCCAAGUCCUGCCCCUGGCCCACACCUCCUGUGCCUGCCCCUAAAGGGAACUCCUUCUCCUGACCUGCCUGGGCCCCAGAGGGAUGGCAGGACUGGUGCCUACUCUGCCAUAGAGCAAGGGUGGGACCCAAGGGAAUGGAGGCUCCAAGCCUUGGGAUGCAAUGGCCUCGCACCACUAGAGGCCGCUGUCUACCGGGAUAUUGCUGGCCUGGAGACCCAGGAGGGCUGAACGAGUGGACUAGGGCAGAGAGAAAGGAUGACAUGGGGCAACCAAAGGAAGGAGCCCAGUGGGAAGCCAGGAGCCACCCAACCACCCUGCCCACUCCACCACACCUAUCAGCUUGCAAUUGUGGAAUCCCAGGGGAGAGGCAGGAAGCUCACACUUGCUGCUGUGAUAAGGGGCCAGGAGCCCUGAGUCCCCAGCACAGGUGUGGGGCCCUCUGUGAAGGGCCAAGCUCUGCCACAGCCUCUCCUUGCAACCUGCACCCAGAGAGGUGAAGGCCAGCCUCCUGGGGGGCUGAGCACUCAGGUUUGGUAAACCCACACAUCCUCUUUGGGGUCAGUAGCAUCCAAGGCUGCUACAUGGACAUGUCAUCUUGGGGUCACUUCCCAGUAACCAUCUGCUCUUGCCCCUUGAUACCCCUCUGUGCCACCUGAAGCCUCAUGGGUAGUGUCAAAGUCCCUGGUCAGAGCUGUCUUCCAUAGUGGCAUCAUGACUGUCACAGAACAGUCCUGCUGUCCUCACCCCCUAUGACGGGGCUGCACCCCAUGUUCAUGGGCCUCAAGCUAUCAGCACAGGUCACCCAAGGAUUCAGGGAGAUGCUUUCCCUGCUGUCAUGGGAUGUGUCGCUGCUUGGCCUGGGACAUGAAAAGUGGAUGGUGGCAGUGACCUGCCUGUCCUAAGCCUCUGCCCCUGUCCUGGGGCUUCCCCAAAGGCCUGGACAGUAGGCUGCUCUCAGGUCCCUGGUGCCCAUUGAGAGCCUAGAUGUCAAUAAAAACGGCUUCCUGGGAACCACUGUUGUUGAUGCCU